GCUGCCUUUCCUUUGCAGCCGUCAGAGUGUCCUGAGCAAAGGAGCUGAGCUGUGCACAUCCUGUCAGAAGCAAGAGUGCUGAAUCCAGAGCUACAGAAGUCCAGCUGACGAGGAGAUCGGACUUGGGAAGACAGAAUGUCCGAUUCUCUGGUUGUAUGUGAUGUGGACCCAGAGCUGAAGGAGAAACUGAAGAAAUUUCGGUUUCGGAAGGAGACGAACAAUGCAGCUAUAAUGAUGAAAGUUGACAAAGACAAGCAACUGGUAGUGCUGGAGGAAGAAUUUCAGGACAUCUCUCCAGAGGAGCUGAGAAGUGAGCUACCGGAACGCCAGCCUCGAUUUGUGGUCUACAGCUAUAAAUACCUCCAUGAUGAUGGUCGGAUCUCCUACCCUCUCUGCUUCAUCUUCUCCAGCCCAGUCGGAUGCAAGCCAGAACAGCAGAUGAUGUAUGCUGGGAGCAAGAAUCGGCUGGUGCAGGUGGCUGAGCUCACCAAGGUCUUUGAGAUCCGGACCACAGAAGAUCUGACAGAGCAGUGGCUGAGGGAGCACCUGGCCUUUUUUCGCUAACGGGGGGAGAUAAUGCUGGGCCUUCAGCUGCAUUCCUGAGCUGAGAUUCCAUCUCCCCUCCUCCUCACCGUGGAGGCUGCACCAAAGGGUGGGUGUACUUGGGACAUGCAGAAAUGUCCUGCACGCCCCACCAACACUGCUGGAGUUUGCUGAGUGAAUUAAAAAUGAAAUAAAGCUUUUGCACCCAGA